GUGCGUCAGUAUUCGGGCCGUGGCUUCGUGCCCGAACCUCGAGCGUUCGGGUUCGAGGGGCUUCGGCCACGAAAAAACAGGGCAAACCCAGUGUUGGCAGCAUCACUCCGGGAGCUACCGUCCCAGUUGGUGUUCCGGUUUAGAGUCGUGCUGUUGUUUUUGUAUAGAUUUGUUACUUAAUGCUUUAAAUAUAUAUGUGUGCAGUGAGGGUAUAGCAAAUUUUCCUUUUCCCAUUUUCACGGCGUUUCGAACGGUGCGAUUGACGCGUGAACGGCAACUAAAUACAGCGUUUGUGGAAUUGCUCUCGGCCGAUCCACCUCAUCCACACCUACGCACUGGAUGGUGAGAAUACUAGUGCGAGUGAUUUAAUUACAGCAAAUAAACCCGAGCAGUUAAGAAUAAAUGCAACAACAACAAAAAAAGAAUACGAGUGAGUGUGAAACGGUAGAGCGUGUGGUAUAAGCAACAACAAAAAAAAAAGAAAUGAAAAAGAAAACGUGAGAGAAAAUAGUGAGCAAGCAUGAGAAAAAUGGUGUAGCAAGUGCGAGCAAAACCGUAGGCAAAAGCAAAAAAAAGCUACCAAUUGAGAGCAGUGAGUGUGGUAGUGUAAUAAAAUUAGUAGCCCUUACCAACAAGUGUGUUCCCCGGGGGUUGCAAAACAGGCUCCAAACUCCACCAUCAGGGGAUAAGCAAAAAAAUACACUCUACGUACGCUGCGGAAAGCGAAAAACAAAAACGGCGGGCCAAAAGAUUUAAAUUGUACAGCAAAUCGAAUAACGAGCGGAACGCUGGCCCACAUGCAAGAAUGGAGGACGAAUGGAAAAUACGGCACGUAGAGCGAAACCCGCAGACCGGACCACAGUGAGUGGUGUGAGUUCGCGAAAAACAAAACCAACAAAAAGUUCGGUCACCACACCAAAUUGAGCGAUGGUGGCACAAGUCGAUGUGUUGCGCCACCGAUAGCUUACCGUUUGAGCCGUUUUUGCUGGUCGGAAAAUGCACACGCAACGGAGUGUGUGUGUCUCCGUACGGUGUGAGUGAAAGUGAACCAUGCGUGAAAAAUUAUUAUUCCGUUUAAACAUGGUCCAGGCGACCUUUUACAGCGAUCGUCGAGAUGGUUCGAGGCUCGACUCGGUGAGCGCUGCGUGGAGUGCACGGUGGUGAGCUGGUUGGCAAAUGACUGGUGUUUUGCUUCACUCGCCCAGCUUCAGAGCGAUUGAAAGUGUAAUGUUGUGUGUAGUGAUCGAGCGCGAGUGAAGUGAAUGUGCCUGUACCGCGUCCGGACGCCCGUAAAUGCCAGUGUACGCCAGUGAGGUGCUGCUGAGGUUGCUGCUCACGGUGAAUGAAUGAUGAUAAAAUGUGUGUGAGCAAACGAGGAGGCUGCUCGAAUUGGAUGUGUGAGUGUGUUAAGCGUGUGAGUGCUGGUAAAGUGUGCAUAGUGAGCUGUUAGGAUACGGCAACCGUUGGGAAGCCCGUGUGCUAGUGAGCUGUACCUAAAGUCUCCCCCCAUAGCUCUGCUCAUCGAGCAUGGACUGAGUUGUGGCAGUUAGGCUUCACUCAUUGUUGGAAAUUCCGGCAGUUAGCAACGUUAAAUGGGGGAAAAAAGAUAAUGCUGUUCGCCGAUAAUGCCUGCAAGCAGUUCACCCAAUCGUAAAUCAACGCCAACGUGGCAACGGAAAAACUGCACACCACUGAAGUGUUGUUGCCAACACAUGUACUCAGCGCACUACUGAUCGAUCGAUCGAGUAAGAUCGUCCACUACAGGGUCCUUGGUCCUACAGCAUAGGCAAAACACACACACACGCCCAAACGCGAACGCGAAGGCACAGGCUCCGACGCAUACCGAGCCCACGGGUGGGAAAAAUGAAAACUGCCAUCACGAAUGCCAUUGCCGUCGCCACCGCUGGAAGUGCGAAUACACGGUUGCACCGGAAGCGAUUAUUUGCGCACGUCGUCGCCGUCGCUGUGAUUAAUCGAACCAAGUUGAAAAGUUGAAAGCGAACGAACCGGCCAUCGUUCACACCGUCGUCGUCGUGGUGUUCUCUAGCACCGUUUAAGCGUCGUCAUCUUUGUUCGUUCGCACUGCGCCAGGUACAACUACUAGCCAAACAAACACACAAAGACACCGCACGCAACCGACACACACACACUGCAAAUAACUGCUGCCAAAAUUGCACCGUGAAACAACGUCGUGGUAGAAACUAACUCGGGGUAGAAACUCGCCACCAUCGCGAACGAACGCUCGGGUCCGAAACAAGCGGAACACUCGCCAUAUUACCAUACCGCCAUCGGGCGUCGGUAGCAACGAAACACACGAAUUAAUCUAUCGAGCCGAUAGAGACGGUGGUCGAGGAAAAAAUCCGGCAAAGCCGAGGAACGCCGGGAAGCCACACCCAAAGUUUUGGAAAAGCUCGGAGUUGGAGAGCGUAGCAAACGAAGCAGAUUGUGGUGCAUACAGAGCACAUACACUUUACACGCUUCCUGGGGCACCCAGUUUCUC